AUGGUUGUCCCGUCUCGCCCCUUCCACUGGCCCGGCGGCAUCCCACCAGAAGUGAAGCCUGACGCAACGGGGACAUCGCACCCGAGGAGCUCAACGAAACGGCUAAAUGCUGGUUACUGUUUGUCUCUGAAGCUUGAGUCUCCCGGGAGGAUGCCAACAUCUCAGACCAUGACGGAGACUACGAAGUCCGGCAACGACGAGCCCUAG